UUCCUCUCCAAAAAGUGGAAGGAGUCGCCUCCCAAGUAUUCGCAAGCAGGAUGCGGCUCCUCUCCAAACCCUCAUGCAUAUGGGAUUUCCUAAAGAAAGAGUGGAGAAGGCCCUUGCUGCAACAGGCAACAAUGGGGUUCAGCUGGCAACUGAUUGGUUGUUAUCCCACUUAAAUGAUCCAUGCCUUGAUAUGAACACUCCUAGAGACUACUUUGUCUACUUGUGCCCAAAGGGUAAUCUGUUGCGAGAUUUGCAAGAUUUCUGGGUGACUUCUGCUGCUAAACGUGGGCGGAAUAAGGCGCAUAACUACUUCCCUCACAUAACAUUGUGUCCUAUGUUCAAGGUAGAGGACUCAAAAGUUGACGUGAUGGUGAAGCUCUUCGAAAAGGUGAUUGACAGAUUCACCAAUGAAUCUCAUAGACUUGGCUUAGAAUACUUUGCAUCAGAUAAUUUUAUUGGAAUGUUUGUAACAGAGGAGGGUGAACAAUUUAUGAAGAAAGUAGAGACAGACUUAGCAGAGGAGGCCAAGUCAAUAGGCGUAACGCUAGAAAACUACAAGAAACAGCUGCACUUGUCACUUGCCUAUAAGUUCUACCCAAAACACAAAGCCAUGUUGGAGAGUUUGGCCCAUAGGGUCAAUACAACUGCUCAGACUGGAUGGGAUUUCAGACUGAACUCAAGAGAUCCGAGAAGUCGGGAUACAGAGGUUAAAAAGGUCCUAGGUAUAAACAGCGCAUUUUACCCCGAUGAGCUGGACCUCUUCCCUGGAGACUUUAUCCUUGUGAAUGAGAAAACAAAGGAGAUAUAUGGUUGGAGUGAGGGGACGUCUUGGCUGACUGGGAUAUCGGGCAGGUUCCCUUUGGCUUAUACGGAACCUACAGCAGAGACGGAUACAUGGAUAAAACAUGUGCAACGACCAUAUUAUGCUGCCGCCUGCAGCGAGCCUGAGCCAAUGGAGAAUGAGGUAUCAGUUUAUGAGACAAUAUACAACAGUCACACUACUAAUAACACUCCUGAACUACUCAAGUCAACCAUCCCAAUACAUGAAAAUGGUCCCCGUCAUGUCUAUGUGUUACGACAUGGAGAGCGGAUAGAUUUCCUAUUCGGUCGACGGUGGUUGGAGGAAUGCUUUGACGAACAAGGAAAUUACUCCCGGCAAGAUCUAAAUCAGCCAAGAAGGGCUUCUCCUGAAGUUACUCGAGAUAGGAAUCCAAGGGAAAAUGCACAACUGGCUACGAAACUUCCUUCACAACCGCAGCGCAAGAGUGAAAAUUGA